AUAAAAGAAAGAGGUGAGUUGGCGUGCCGAUUCUCAAACUCGAUAAACCGAACUCAGUAACUCACACCACUGCGUAGCUACUAAGCGGAGCUUAGCACUGAGCAGCAAAACAAAACCUCAGAUUUAACAGUAUCAAAAGAACACACUAAUGGCGGAGCCAAAAACCAAAUACGAUCGCCAGCUCAGGAUAUGGGGUGAGCAAGGACAGGCGGCCCUAGAGAAAGCAAGCAUAUGCCUGCUUAAUUGUGGUCCUACAGGUUCUGAGACAUUAAAAAAUCUUGUUCUUGGUGGGGUUGGAUCGAUCACAGUGAUCGAUGGAUCUAAAGUUGAAAUCGGUGAUCUCGGAAACAAUUUCAUGGUGGAUGAAUCAAGUGUUGGGCAAUCUAAAGCAAAAUGUGUUUGUGCAUUUCUUCAAGAGCUAAAUGAUGCUGUCAAGGCCAAGUUUAUAGAAGAGCAUCCUGAGGCAUUAAUUGAGACAAAUCCAUCUUUUUUUUCUCAGUUUACGUUGGUAGUAGCCACCCAGCUGGUGGAAGAUUCAAUGGUAAAGCUUGAUAAAAUCUGUCGGGAGGCAAAUGUGAUGUUGAUUUUUGCACGCUCCUAUGGCCUUACUGGAUUUGUUAGAAUCAGUGUGAAGGAACAUACAGUGAUUGAAUCAAAGCCUGAUCAUUUUCUGGAUGAUCUUCGAUUGAAUAACCCAUGGCCUGAGCUCAAAAGUUUUGCAGAAAGUAUUGACUUGAAUGUGGUAGAUCCUGUUGCUCAUAAGCACACACCUUACGUAAUUAUUCUUGUCAAGAUGGCUGAGGAGUGGGCCAAAGCUCAUGGCGGUAGCCUUCCAUCAACUCGGGAUGAGAAAAAACAAUUCAAGGACCUUCUCAAAGCCCAGAUGAUUGCAAUUGAUGAAGACAAUUAUAAAGAAGCUAUCGAGGCCUCCUUCAAAGUCUUUGCUCCUCGAGGAAUUAGUUCUGAUCUGCAGCAGAUAAUUACUGAUGGCUGCACUGAAGUUGAUUCUAAUUCCUCUGACUUUUGGGUGAUGUUAGCUGCCUUAAAGGAGUUCAUUGUGAAUGAAGGUGGUGGAGAGGCUCCUCUUGAGGGUUCAAUACCUGAUAUGACAUCUUCAACUGAGCUUUAUGUAAAUUUGCAGAAGACCUACCAAGCAAAAGCUGAGGCUGAUUUUCUUAUCAUUGAGCGACGGACGAGGAAUAUACUGAAGAAAAUUGGUAGAGAUCCUGAUAGCAUCUCGAAAACGGUGAUAAAGAGCUUCUGCAAAAAUGCUAGAAAAAUAAAGGUUUGCAGAUACCGCAUCAUUGAGGAUGAGUUCAACAAUCCUUCCCUACCGCGGUUGCAGAAGUAUUUAACUGAUGAGGAUUACAGUGUUGCCAUGGGCUUCUAUAUCCUUCUUCGAGCUGUUGAUCGUUUUGCCGCUAAUUAUAACAGUUUUCCUGGGCAGUUUGAUGGGGAAAUGGAUGAGGAUAUAUCUCGAUUAAAAACUACAGCUGUUAGUCUACUCAGUGACUUGGGUUGCAACGGCUCUCCCUUGACUGAGGACCUAAUCAAUGAAAUGUGCCGAUUCGGUGCUUCAGAGCUCCAUACAGUUGCUGCCUUCAUCGGGGGAGUUGCAUCGCAAGAAGUGAUCAAGCUUAUAACAAGACAAUUUGUUCCUAUUUCUGGGACUUUCAUAUUCAAUGGAAUUGAUCACAAAUCUCAAUUAUUGGUGCUUUAAAAUGCUUCAAAAAUACCCUCUUGAAGGGAUGGAGCAGUCAAACUUGUGCAGGUACUACAUUUUCAAUACAUCAUUUAGUGGAGGCAUUCUUUCCAUCAUUGGAAAGGCAAUGCACAGUUCUUUGAUACGAAAGUUUUUGUAACUUAGUCACUGAUUUGAACUUGGAAAAUCUUUUAAAUGGGGAAAAAAAAAGCGAAAACGAAAAUGAACAAUGAUGGAAGAAAUGGGAAAAGAUACAUCUGAAAGGAUCUUGGACCUUUAUUUCAGCUGCAAUGAUAAGCAAUAGCAUUCUUGUAA